GCGUCUCCUUCUUGUGCAACACAUUUUUUACUCAGAUCGAGGGGCUACAGGUUAAUCGCUAAUCAGCCCUUCCCUCUCAGAUCCCAAAGGCCAAAUUUAGAGAGAGAAAGCAAGAGAGGGGGGAGAGAAUCAGCAGCAGAAUACGCGGGAGCAGUGUGCAAAAGAGGUGUUUGGUGGCUUGGUGCAGAGCAGCCAGAGAUAGAGAGAGUGAGAGGCCUCCCUCACUGUCCUGAAGCGGCGGCUCACUCCGGCCGUCCGGUGGCCCGACCUGCUUCUUCCAGUGGAGGGAAAGCACCGAAAGGCGCGGCCUUUUUCUCGCUUUGCUUCCGCCUUCUUUUCACUUCCCUCCCUUUCCUUUCCUUCCUUCCCCCCAUCCAUGGCGUCGGCGGGCCUCGCCGCCGCCGUGCUCGCGGUAGCCCUGCUCGCCGCGGCGGCGUCGGCGGCCGUCACCUACGACCGCAAGGCCGUGGUGGUGAACGGCCAGCGCCGGAUCCUGCUCUCCGGCUCCAUCCACUACCCCAGGAGCGUCCCCGAGAUGUGGCCGGAUCUGAUACAGAAGGCCAAGGACGGCGGCCUCGACGUGGUGCAGACGUACGUCUUCUGGAACGGCCACGAGCCCUCCCCUGGACAGUACUACUUCGAGGGGCGAUAUGAUCUAGUGCACUUCAUCAAGCUGGUGAAGCAGGCCGGACUCUACGUGCACCUCCGCAUUGGCCCCUACGUCUGCGCCGAGUGGAAUUUCGGUGGUUUCCCUGUUUGGCUCAAGUAUGUCCCAGGCAUCAGCUUUAGGACUGAUAAUGAACCUUUCAAGGCUGAGAUGCAGAAAUUUACCACGAAGAUUGUUGACAUGAUGAAGUCGGAAGGGCUCUUUGAAUGUCAGGGAGGGCCAAUCAUCCUCUCCCAGAUUGAGAACGAGUUUGGGCCCUUGGAGUGGGAUCAGGGUGAACCAGCCAGGGCCUAUGCGUCGUGGGCAGCUAACAUGGCAGUUGCACUGAACACAGGUGUUCCAUGGAUCAUGUGCAAAGAAGAUGAUGCGCCGGAUCCAAUUAUUAAUACAUGCAAUGGAUUUUAUUGUGACUGGUUCUCCCCGAAUAAACCUCACAAGCCUACCAUGUGGACUGAGGCUUGGACAGCUUGGUAUACAGGCUUUGGUAUUCCAGUUCCACAUAGACCAGUAGAAGAUCUAGCAUAUGGUGUUGCCAAAUUUAUUCAGAAGGGUGGCUCUUUUGUUAAUUAUUACAUGUAUCAUGGAGGAACAAAUUUUGAGCGCACAGCUGGUGGUCCAUUCAUUGCAACUAGCUAUGACUACGAUGCUCCAAUUGAUGAAUAUGGCUUGUUGAGAGAACCAAAAUGGGGUCACUUAAAGGAGUUGCAUAAAGCUAUCAAGCUCUGCGAACCAGCCUUGGUUGCAGGAGAUCCGAUUGUUACUUCACUUGGCAAUGCUCAGCAGGCAUCUGUUUUUAGAUCAAGCACAGGCGCCUGUGUGGCCUUCCUUGAGAACAAGGAUAAAGUAUCAUAUGCUAGGGUAGCAUUCAAUGGAAUGCAUUAUGAUCUACCUCCCUGGUCCAUAAGUAUUCUCCCAGACUGCAAAACAACAGUGUACAACACUGCCAGGGUCGGGAGUCAGAUCUCACAAAUGAAAAUGGAAUGGGCUGGAGGAUUCACGUGGCAAUCAUACAAUGAGGAUAUAAACUCCUUGGGCGAGGAAUCAUUUACGACAGUAGGUUUAUUGGAACAGAUAAAUGUGACAAGGGAUAAAACAGACUACUUAUGGUAUACAACAUCUGUUGAAAUUGCUCAGGAUGAGCAGUUCCUGAGCAAUGGGAAGAAUCCAACUCUAACUGUUAUGUCAGCUGGUCAUGCUUUGCAUAUUUUCAUUAAUGGACAACUAACAGGAACUGUCUAUGGAAAUGUGGAAGAUCCAAGAUUGACAUAUAGGGGAAAUGUCAAACUUUGGCCAGGCAGUAACACCAUUUCAUGCUUAAGUAUAGCAGUCGGCCUCCCGAAUAUGGGAGAACAUUUUGAGACUUGGAAUGCUGGAAUUCUAGGUCCUGUGACACUGGAUGGUCUGAAUGAGGGAAGAAGAGAUCUCACAUGGCAGAAAUGGACCUAUCAGGUUGGUCUGAAAGGUGAGACUUUGAGUCUUCAUUCACUUACUGGAAGCUCAUCAGUAGAGUGGGGAGAACCCAUGCAGAAACAGCCUCUGACAUGGUACAAGGUAUUGAAGAAAUUCAUAAUUUUGAUUGCUUUCCAUGUGGAAAAACAUUAUUUUUCAAAAGAUCAUUCAUUUAUUUAUUCUGUGCAGGCUUUCUUCAACGCACCAGAUGGAGACGAACCAUUAGCUUUGGAUAUGAGUAGCAUGGGUAAAGGGCAAAUCUGGAUAAAUGGACAAGGUAUCGGACGGUAUUGGCCUGGUUACAAAGCCUCUGGAACCUGUGGAAUCUGUGAUUACCGUGGAGAGUAUGAUGACAAAAAGUGCCAAAUCAACUGUGGCGACUCUUCUCAGAGAUGGUACCACGUCCCUCGUUCAUGGCUUAAUCCGACAGGAAACCUUUUGGUUAUUUUUGAGGAGUGGGGUGGUGAUCCUACCAGAAUCUCGAUGGUGAAAAGAACCACAGGGAGUGUCUGCGCUGAUGUCUCUGAAUGGCAGCCAUCAAUGAAGAACUGGCAUACAAAAGACUAUGAAAAAGCCCAGAUCCACCUCCAGUGUGAUCAUGGACGGAAGAUAACUGAGAUAAAAUUUGCCAGCUUUGGCACACCACAGGGCUCCUGCGGGGGCUACUCUGAGGGAGCUUGCCAUGCACACAAGUCAUAUGACAUAUUUUGGAAGAACUGCAUUGGUCAAGAGCGUUGUGGGGUAAGCGUGGUUCCAGAUGUAUUUGGUGGGGAUCCCUGUCCCGGGAAGAUGAAAAGGGCUGUUGUUGAGGCUAUAUGUGGUUGAUCCACAUAAUCCAUAUAAGCCAUUGGUUUCUACAAUAAUGUCGCCCAAUCAACCUUCUGGCAGGAGGUGAAAGUCACAGCUACCGUGACGCGCAGACUGUCAGUAGUUACAGGAAUUAGUUUAGGUGUAUGUUAGAUUUAAGCAUCUAUAUCUGUAUGUAAUUUGGCCUACACAAGAUUUUGCAUGGGAUUGUUAGGACUCUAGGCAUGAGAAAUUCAGGGUUUUGGCACAUCUUAGACACAACAGAUUGGUUUGGCUUGCGGAGGGUGCAGAUGAGACUCUGCUCAUACCUGAGUCCAUGUGCGCGAUGUCUCUUGGGUUGGAGGAGGACGCUAAGAAGCAAGACUGCUUUUGCAUUAUCUGUUUACUCACUUUAGCUCAUUGGAGGGUGCAAUGUAAUGUUCAGGGCCCAUCAUUCAUGUACUGUGCUAACUAGUACUCGAGCAGCAAAGGAUAUCUGUUUCAGAUGAUAAAUAUGAAUUGUGUCCUAUUCUGUCU